AUGGCGGGGUGGAUCGCUUGGGUGUUUACCUUCACCUUCCAGGUCAUUCCCCGCGGUCUGUACUGGUUGAUUACCUUCACCACUAUCACAUUGCCCACAUGGCUUUUUACGCUCUUUUCAAUGAGCUUGACCUUCACCAUGAAUUUCACCACCCUCAUGUUGAUCUUCCUCGGUGUGGUCUCGACAGUGAGCUGGUUCAUUCGUUACCGGUUCAUGAACAUGUAUAGUCGCCUGCCCCCGGAGCCCCAGCGCAAAGAAGCCCAGGUCGAUCUCUUCCCCGAUAUCCAAGAAGGAGACUCCAAACCAGGAUUGGCCAACUAUCUCGACGAAUUCCUAAGCGCAAUUAAAGUCUUUGGAUACCUCGAACGACCGGUCUUUCACGAAUUGACCCGGACGAUGCAGACGAGAAAACUCAUCGCGGGAGAGACAUUGAUGCUGGAGGAAGAGAAAGGGUUCUGCUUGGUGGUCGAUGGCUUGGUCCAGAUCUUUGUCAAGUCAACCCGCGAGGGCAAGAAUGGCACGGAAGAGAACCUACACAUGAAUGAUGGGACGUCGGAUGACGAGGAGCAUAAUCUGGAUGGUCGCCAGGGAUAUCAGCUGCUGACGGAGGUGAAGAACGGCGCAUCUAUGUCGUCGCUCUUCUCUAUCCUGCAGCUAUUCACAGAAGAUAUCCAAAUGCGAAAUGUGCGGAGCUCUAGCUCCAGUGCAUCAAGUGUCGCAACACCUCAUACACCACGAGCUCCCGAUUCUGUACCAGUGAGUCCAGGUGUCGACAUGAUGGGGAGUCCACAGGCCAUGGCAAGAGACAAUGCCGACUCGACCCUUGGUCUGAAUGGGCUUACCAGUGAUGCAUUACCAGCAGUCCCUCCAUUGCAUCUGGGGGAGAGUCAUGCUCACCUCCCUACCAACCCCCUACAACCCCCUUUCAUAAAGUCGUCGUCUAAGCGACGAAAGUCAGUACAUCCAGAUAUUGUGGCUCGAGCUACAGUAGAUACAACCAUUGCUAUUAUUCCUGCUAGUGCAUUUCGCCGUUUAACUCGAGUCUAUCCAAGAGCGACCGCACAUAUUGUGCAAGUUAUUCUGACACGUCUCCAGCGCGUGACAUUUGCCACGGCGCACUCUUAUCUGGGCCUAACUACCGAUGUUCUGGGAAUUGAGCGACAGAUGGCCAAGUAUACCACUUGGGACUUACCAAAUGACCUUCGGGGGAGUGCCUUGGACCGGUUGAAAAACAAGUUCAUGCAGGAGCGGGACCGCCUUGGACCUGAAGAGGUUGUCAAGGGUAUCGCGCUACAUAAUCCAGCCGUGGGACGGCGUCGCCGAUCGAGCAGUUCGCUCCGAAAAGAAGCCAUUUUACAAGCACGUAUGAAUGGCGGAAAUCAACCUGUCGCUCUGACACCCCAGCGACCACCAACACUUCGUCCUAUUGACAGAGACUCCAAUGGAGUCAGCCCUGGCGAUCUUUUAUCCACAAUUCAGCUCUCCAGGUUUGGUCCACGCUUCGAUCAUCUGGGUCCUCGUAUUCAAAGCCCGUUGACGGAGCGAGAACGUCCUCUUUUCCGACCUGCUGCGAGAAUGGAUGGCACUUCGUCCUCUCCGUUCCAGCGCAAAGAAUCUAUUGACGAGGACACACUAUUCCGUGAAUCGAUACUGGAAUGUAUGAUGAAGGGAAUUGGUCUGACUGAAAGCACGAGCGAUGCUCUUCGCAAGGGGAGCCAUGCCUCAGGCGAUGCAUCUCCUAGGUUACUAUCUUACGAUUCUCGGCGCCAAAAAGCCGUUUUCUCCAAUGCAUUUGGUUUCAUUGAUCCCUAUGAAGGAUCUGGGGAUGGUGAAACAGAAUCUAUGAUGUCUAUGUCUGUCACUAGUGCUGGUGGAACCUCUCCAGUAAUCAACCUGCGGGAGGAGCUGCGCCACGAGAUUGAAGUCGUCUACUUCCCACAGGGCUCAGUACUUGUUGAACAGGGCGAGCGCCAUCCGGGUCUUUACUAUGUGAUUGAUGGAUUUUUAGAUGUUGGAAUCCCUGUCAAUGAACGAGGCGAUGACCUUGUUGGCUCGUCGCGUCCUUCAGUAACACCCGCACAGGAGGAGCUUUUCCCCAAGCUGGGUCGCAGUGCCACAGGUUCUUCUUCUCGCACCCCGGGCACGCCAGGCACAAAUGAGUCUCGCCGUAAGCCACAGUCACGCAAGUCCCUCUAUUUGAUCAAGCCAGGUGGUAUGCAGGGAUAUGUGGGUGCCCUCGCAUCCUAUCGCUCAUACACAGACGUUGUUGCCAAAACGGACGUCUACGUGGGAUUUCUGCCUCGUGCAUCUUUGGAGCGGAUCGCUGAUCGGUACCCGAUUGCUUUACUGACGCUGGCCAAGCGACUGACAAGUCUUCUCCCGCGUUUACUGCUGCAUAUUGACUUUGCGCUCGAGUGGGUACAGGUAGGCGCCGGACAGGUCAUUUACCACCAAGGAGACGAAAGUGAUGCGAUCUAUCUUGUAUUGAAUGGCCGCUUGAGAUCUGUCUUGGAAGGCCCCAAUGGCAAGAUGAAUGUGAUUGGUGAAUAUGGCCAAGGCGAGAGUGUAGGUGAGCUGGAGGUCAUGACUGAAUCUACUCGACCAGCCACUUUACAUGCUAUCCGAGAAACCGAGCUGGCCAAGUUCCCUCGGUCUUUGUUUAACAGCUUGGCACAGGAGCAUCCUGGGAUCACUAUCCAAGUAUCCAAGUUGAUUGCCCAGCGUAUGCGGGAUUUGGUGGAACAUCCUCUUUCUGAAAAGGGCCUGGAACAAGGUCAUGUCGGGGGCGUCCAGACUGCGACCUCAACAGUCAAUCUUCGCACGGUCGCUAUUCUACCAGUCACUGCCGGCGUUCCUGUUGUUGAGUUCGGCCACCGACUUCUUAAUGCUUUGCACCAGAUUGGUGUGACGAGGGGCGUUACCUCUCUCAACCAGGCUGCGAUUCUGAACCAUUUGGGCCGACACGCUUUCAGUAAGAUGGGCAAGCUCAAAUUGUCUCAGUAUUUGGCGGAUUUGGAAGAGAGGUACAGUCUGGUCCUAUACAUUGCAGACACCAAUGUCAAUGCGCCAUGGACACAGACAUGUAUCGCACAGGCGGAUGCCAUCCUGCUUGUUGGUCUUGCAGAGGCCUCGCCCAGAAUUGGAGAAUACGAACGAUUUCUGCUCGGCAUGAAGACGACUGCUCGUAAAGAGUUGGUCCUCUUGCAUUCAGAGCGGUACUGCUCGCCCGGACUGACCCGUCGCUGGCUCAAGAACCGACUGUGGAUCAAUGGAGGUCAUCAUCACAUACAAAUGGCGUUCCGGCUAACAGCCGAGCCCUCUCAUCCUCAAAUCAAGAAGUUUGGAACCGUUCUGAAGCAACGUGUUCAAAUCCUGCAAGCCGAGAUUCAAAAGUACACCUCACGACGGAUUCAGCAGUCGCCGAUGUAUUCACCACAGACCCCAUUCAAGGGCGAUUUCCACCGUUUGGCCCGAAGACUUUGUGGUAAAUCUGUUGGACUGGUCCUCGGCGGAGGAGGCGCACGCGGCAUAGCUCAGGUUGGUGUGAUCAAAGCACUCGAGGAAGCUGGCAUUCCGCUCGAUAUUAUCGGCGGUACUUCAAUUGGUUCAUUCAUUGGAGCUCUGUAUGCCCGCGACGCAGACGUGGUACCCAUGUACGGCCGCGCAAAGAAAUUCUCAGGGCGCAUGGGAAGCAUGUGGCGAUUUGCGUUGGAUCUGACAUAUCCCACGGUCUCGUACACCACAGGCCACGAAUUCAACCGGGGAAUCUUUAAGACCUUUGGUGAUAGUCAGAUCGAAGAUUUCUGGCUCGAGUUUUACUGUAACACGACUAAUAUUAGUCGCUCUCGCGCGGAGUACCAUUCAUCUGGCUAUGUUUGGCGGUAUGUGCGUGCUUCGAUGUCACUAGCUGGCUUGAUUCCUCCUAUCUGCGAUGAGGGCAGUAUGCUACUAGAUGGUGGAUACAUCGACAAUCUCACAGUCGCACAUAUGAAGAGUCUGGGUGCAGAUGUUAUCUUUGCCGUGGACGUGGGUUCCCUCGAUGACAAUACACCACAGGGGUACGGCGACUCGCUCUCUGGGUUCUGGUCGAUGCUCAACCGCUGGAACCCCUUCUCAUCUAUCCCGAAUCCACCUACGCUGUCUGAAAUCCAAGCCCGAUUGGCAUAUGUCUCAUCUAUCGAUAAUCUGGAACGAGCUAAGAAUUUAUCGGGGUGUCUCUACAUGCGUCCGCCAAUUGACCCAUAUGGUACUUUGGACUUUGGCAAGUUUGAUGAGAUUUACCAGGUGGGAUAUGCAUAUGGAAAGGAAUUCCUGGAUCGGCUCAAGAAUGAAGGAUCCCUUCCGAUUCCUGAGGAGACUGAGGAAAAGCGGAAGUUACAGCGUACCAUGGCACCUCGACGAGCCAGUAUCUGA